UUAUUUUAAUUUUUAUCUAAUUUUUUUUAGUUAUCCUUCGGGCUCUGAAUCCUUCACGGAAUUGCUUCUCUGGUUUCUCAAUAAUUCGUGAAUUUUUUUAUAAAUAAAUAGUAUUAGUAUAGGUCCUGAUAUAUUUAUAGAACGAUGGGUGGCCAUCACGAACAUGAAAUCAAAAUACCGGAUUACAGAAUAUAUAAAGUUGAUAACGUACCAGAACUUGUGAAGGUGAAGAAUAUUUUGGCCACUGAAGGACUUAAAGAUCCAUGGUUGAGGAAUGAAGUUUGGAGAUAUCCUCCAAGUCGUGGUAGUCGUUAUGCACAAUAUUUCAAAUGUUGGUUCCGCGGUAAACGUGGUCUUACAAUCGCUUUUGGAUUAGCAGCCUCUGUUAUUGCUAUGGAAAAAACCUAUGAACAUUUUUAUCCAGCAGUUCAUCACCAUAGAAAGCCUUACUUUCCAUCAUCCAGUGUUUAAUUUAAGAUAAUAGUACCAAAACCAAUAGGCUUCAAUGACAUGUCUAGAGGAAUAAUAAUUAAAAUAUAUAAAAGUUCAGUGCUAUAAUUUUUAGUUUUAGUAUAAUUUGUUUGUAUUGCAAAAAAAAAAAUUUAUACAAAUAUAUUUUAUGAAAUACAAGGACAAAUUGAACUAUCACGUAAUGAUUUAUAUGAGAAACACUUAAACUUUGUAUCAUAACUAAAUUGUUUAAAAAAUGGUUGUACCUAAUAUAGAAAAAAAAGUGACAGCACUAU